AUUUUUAAGUAAACCAUUGAACGCAUCCAUUAAUUAGUUGUGCAUUUGGAGAAUGGCAGUCGAAAAGUUAUACGAAAGUGAUAAUUAUAUUAUAGUUAAUAAGCCAUAUGAUAUGUAUAUUAAUUCAGAUGAUGAAAAUGAAAAGAAUACGGUGACGUUUCACAUAGCACAGCACGAUUCCCAUUUAUCUACCUCAUCUCACCCCCUGCACUUUGUCCAACGACUCGACUAUGCAACAAGUGGAGUACUUUGUAUUGCUAAAAACAAAAGUGCUGCUGCACGUGCUGGGAAGUUGUUUGAAGGACGACAUACGAAUAAAUAUUAUUUAGCUGUUUUGAGAGGACAUGUUUCCUUCGAAUUAGGAGAUGUAAAUUAUGAUGUUGGAGUUGACCCUCUCACCGCCCAUUCUAGCCAUCGGAUGCUGGCAGUGACCAAGAAAUCUAGUCGUAAUGACCAGUCGCGUGCAGCUCAGACAAGGGUGCUGGUGCUGGAGACUGGAUAUUAUGGCUCAGACCCUGCGACAGUUGUACUUCUAAAGCCCAUCACUGGUCGUCGUCACCAGCUAAGAGUACAUUGCCAAUCGAUAGGACACACCAUACUCGGUGACUACACUUACAGCGACAAACGAGAUAGUGCGCCUCAUAGGAUGUUCCUGCAUGCUGUCAGAUUGGUUCUUCCCCUUCCCGCCGAGCCGCUCGAUAUCCAAACUUCAGAACCAUUCUUUGUAGACAAGCGCUUCCAGACCCAGUGGAGGUCCGAGGAUAUAUUCAAUAAGUACCGCACAAAGGAGGCUCUCCGAGCUACUUGUGACGUCAUAGAUCGUCCCUACGUGAUCGGCGUCAAGUACCAAUCCUAUAGUGCCAAUGAUUAGUCUACGAAAUUAUAUUCCGUCUUUAUUUA